AUGGCCAGAUUCCGCUGCACGGCGUCCCCAGUCCUCGCGGCCAGCCGCGCCUGCGCACGUCCCUGCGCCCUGGGUCGCGGCGGGAGGACACUGCGCCUGCGCACCACGCUGCCCCCGGGGUCCAGGCUGGAAGAGAAACUGCGCCUGCGCACGCACCUCGCGGGGACCCGGGGAGGGGGCGUGUGUAGGGGCACCGCGCAUGCGCAGAGAGGGUUCGUGGACCCUGCUGUACUGAGGUUCGGCUUUCGGCGCUCCCGGCCAGGGGGGUUUAUCUUCAUGAAUAACUUAAAUGACCCCCCAAAUUGGAAUAUCCGGCCCAAUUACAGAGAUGAUGGGGGUGAUGGAAGCAAAUGGAAUUAUGCCCUGUUGGUUCCCAUGUUGGGAUUGGCUGCUUUUCGUUGGAUUUGGUCUAGGGAGUCCCAAAAAGAAAUAGAAAAGGAGCGAGAAGCAUACCGUCAGAGGACGGCUGCUUUCCAGCGGGAUCUUGAAGCCAAGUACCACACCAUGAUCUCAGAGAACCGCCGCGCCGUGGCUCAGUUAUCUUUGGAACUCGAAAAGGAACAAAACAGAACGACUAGUUAUCGCGAAGCCCUUAUCGUUCAGGGACGCAAAUUGGUGGAGGAAAAGAAGCUUUUGGAACAGGAACGGGCUCAGGUCAUGAAAGAAAAGCGACAGUUGCAGCCCUUGAGAAGUGUGUAUCUGAGCUGCCUGGAAAAGGAAGAAGACUGGCAGAGGAGGGCCCAGAUGCUGCUGAAAGAGUUUGAAGUAGCUCUUUCAGAAAGACAGAAUAUCUACUGCAGCCUGGUCCUCCCUCGCAGCAAGCGGCUGGAAAUAGAGAAGAACUUACUGGUCCGAGCAUCCACUGACCCAGUUGCCGCUGACCUAGAAAUGGCAGCCGGCUUGACCGACAUAUUUAAGCACGAUACCUAUUGUGGUGAUGUCUGGAACACCAACAAACGCCAAAAUGGAAGACUCAUGUGGCUAUAUCUCAAAUACUGGGAACUAAUUGUCGAACUGAAAAAGUUUAAGAAAUUAGAGAAAACCAUACUAGAAGAGUAAGACAAGAAUGAAGUAAAACCUUUUAAUUACUCAGGUCAGACUAUCAUUGUGACAUUCUGGGUUAUCCGAUGUUUUCUUUUUUCCCUUCUUCCAGUACUGCCUGUUUGUGGCCACAAGCACUGAGUGGUCUUCCAGCCUGCACCUCUGAGUGAUACAAUAGCCCUCAGUAGACACAGCGUUCCCUCCCCAUCCCCACAGAUAUUAUGGAAGCAGUUUCUCAGAAGCAUUUUUUUCAGCUAUCAGCAUUUUAUUCGCAGAGUAUAACCUCAUAUCUUAGCUUUAGGGUAAAGUUGUUUUUAGGAAACUGAAAUACAGUAGUGAUCCCCACUAUAAGAAAUUUCCUGUCUGCUUUUAUCACUCCCUAAAUAAAUCCUGUUUUCCCUCGAAUUAUGUUUCUUCUAAAGUUACAUUUAGAAGUUGUCGGGUAGUAGAUUAGAACUGCCUAGCAGAUGAUGAUAGGAAAAUACUAAUAUUAUCAAGGUUUUCUAUUGUUUUAAAGAUCUCCCACCAAAGGGAAAAGGUGAUUUCUUAUAUCCACUUGAUACUCUAGUGUAUGUUUGGAAUUUGGCUUGUGUCUGUAUUCAAUAGAUAUUGUUGAUUAGUGGUGCCAUAUAAUAAAAGAUACCUUCAAUUUAAAAAAUA